AUGGACAAUACCAAGGAGGUUUGGGGCCAUAGAUGGCGAUCAUCACUCCCUUUUCUCAUGGUAUGUGUAUCUAUCGCUGGAUUUACAGAAACAUUUUGCUACGGCUUCAUUGUUCCUAUUCUGCCAUAUAUGGUUGAGAAACGCAAUCACAUUGACCCUUCAAAAACCCAACAAGUGACAUAUUUACUGCUCAUGUGCUACGGGAUUGUGUCCACCAUUUCUUCUAUCUUUAUCGGUCAAUUAGCAGAUCGAUGCCAGUCGCGCAAAGGUCCUCUGAUACUUUCGCUGAUAAUAACCCUUAUCGGGACUGUCGUCCUAGCCGUCUCUCAGAAUUUGGCCGAAAUGUUCAUCGGUAGAGUACUCCAGGCGAUUGGUGGAACAGCAGCAUGGAUUAUUGGAUUCGCUACUCUGAGAGAUUCAAUCGACUCGAAAAAUAUCGGAAAAACAUUUGGCAUCGUACGGAGCUGUGUUAGCCUGGGCGCACUUGCCGGACCAGCAGUCGCAGGUGUCCUACUCGAACUCACCGGCUACUGGGCUACUUGGGGUAGUAUCCUAUUUAUCCUCGCAGUCGAUGUGGUGAUGCGGCUCCUGAUGGUGGAGCAACGAAACCGGGAACCGAAUUCGAAUAAAUUCGAUAAUAGAGAUAGGCAAGGCAGUCACGCUUCGGAGUCUACGGAUGAGACUUCUCCUCUGAUAUCCGAUGAUGUCGAACAAUCCCUGGAUCCCCGUGUGGGUGAUAGGAGGAAAGAGACAAGCGGGCAUACUGAAUCUUUCUUCAGGGUAAUUUGUUUGCAGCCGAGGGUUAUCACUGCUCUGCUAUGUUCAACUAUCUACACUGCAAUCCUCGCUAGUUACAGCACAACAAUCCCCAUUCAUGUGAAGGAUGCCUUUGGUUGGGGUAGCCUGCCCACCGGACUUUUGUUCAUGGGGUUAGAAGGCCCGAUCAUAUUGGCUAGUCCUCUCUAUGGCUGGCUCCGUGAUAGAAUCGGCACACGAAUUCCUGCUACAGUUGGAUUUGGGCUUCUAGCUCCAUUGCUCUGGCUAGUGGGCGCCGCAGAUCAAAAGGGAUUUCCUUGGUCAAGUCAUCAAAGUUCAGCAGAGGUGACAUAUAUUUCUGCAAUCGUCGCUAUUGGAUUUGUGACCAAUCUGAUGAGCGGUGUUUCUGCAAUUGAGACAACAUGUGCUGUUGACGAGGCCGAGGAAAAGCAGCCAGGCAUUUUCGGCCCUAACGGGGGGUACAAUCGAACUUAUUCCUUGUCUACAUUGAGCGCCUCUCUGGGCAUGCUGGUUGGAGCCUUCUUUUCCGGUUCCUUAUCUGAUUCCAUCGGAUACUAUUAUAUGAAUGCCAUUUUAGCUGGAAUCUCUGCAUUAAUGUCAAUCAUGGCAUUUUCCUGUUUAGGAUGA